AUGCCGCCGCGAUUCUCAGUUCAGCCUUCCUGGAAGGCUUUGACCGGUACGCUUUACGGACAGAGCCCGGCCGCCGUAACAUCCAAUGUGUCUCAUGCCACUGCCAGGGCAGCAUCCACUAAAGCUCCAACCCAGAAGAGAACCGACUUCUUCCGGGCUGCCCAGGCUCGUCAGCGAAAGGCCGCCAACCUCUCCCGACAGAAAGUUCUCCAAGCGGAACGGGACGCCUCGCUAGGCGACCCGGUGGAGAGCCAGCCCACACCUUUCAUUCAAGACAUCCAAGCGGUUUCAACUGGAUCUCAAUCUUCAGCAUCCGCCGGUAUCAACUACUACCUGAAGAAAGAUGACCUCACAAGCGCCUUGGAAUUCUCCAAGGACUUGACCGAACCCCUUCGCAACCCGAACCGUGAUACAGCGGACCCACAAGCCGAACAGAAAGCAUCGGAGGGACACGAAAAAGCGCAUCAUAACGCAGAGGAGGCUAUCCAGCGCAUUGUCGACCUAAACAAUGGAAACACCAAAGAUCGCAUGCGGUUGAAUAUACAGAAAUGUAUCGAGGAGUUUGGGCGACACAGCACCGAUAAAGUACUACCCCCCAAGCCUACUGGGCUACGACACGAAUCUGCUCCAAUCCACUCCGAAAAAGCGCCCCGUGUCGGUAUCGAUACAGGCUCCCCCGAGGUUCAAGCAGCUAUCUUGACAAUCAAGAUCAUGAACCUUUCUCGUCACCUGCAGACUGCCAACAAGGAUAAGCACAACAAGCGCAACUUGCAGCUGCUGGUUCACAAGCGACAAAAGCUCCUCCGUUAUGUCCGGCAAAAGGAGCGUGGCGGUCCCCGAUGGCAAAACCUGAUGGAGAAAUUGGGUCUGUCUGAGGCUGCAUGGAAGGGCGAGAUUGCCCUGUAG